CAGUAAUAUCUCAAACACUUGUGCCAAGUUUUCUUCUUUCCUUUACAUGGUUUAACAGAUCUUUCUUCUUGUUUAGUUGUUUUUAUCAAAUAAAAUAUAGAUUGUAGCUGAGAUAUUUUCACCUGUAAGGGUCAGUUUAAGCAGUGGGAAAGCGCGCUGCCUAAUUAAUAUUGGCUAAAAGAAGACAAAGAACCAUUUGACAACUUGUCGGGAGAAAUGAACAUGGAGGAAGCCAAAGAAAAGAAAGAGAUUGAGAGGGAAGAUCAUCAGUUAGAAGGAGUAGCUGGUGACCAUGAAUUAUCAGAGGGGUCGAAGAGAAUCCAGCCUUGGACGCAGCAGAUAACAGUGAGGGGAAUAGUGGUGAGCAUUAUUAUUGGAACCAUGUACAGCGUGAUAGCCAUGAAGCUGAACCUCACAACAGGGAUAGUUCCUAAUCUUAAUGUCUCUGCUGCCCUUCUGGCUUUCGUCUUCGUCCGGACAUGGAUAAAACUCCUCCAUAGAGCUGGGAUUGUAUCAAGGCCCUUCACUCGGCAAGAGAACACCAUGAUUCAAACUUGUGCAGUUGCAUGCUAUAGCAUUGCUGUUGGAGGUGGAUUUGCUUCUUAUCUUUUGGGAUUAAACAAGAAGACAUAUGAGUUGUCGGGAGUCAACAAUGAGGGGAACUCCUUAAGGAGUGUCAAGGAACCUGGAUUUGGUUGGAUGACUGGCUACCUCUAUCUAGUAUGCUUUGUUGGUCUAUUUGCCUUGGUUCCUUUGAGGAAGAUAAUGAUAGUAGACCUCCAAUUAGCAUAUCCAAGUGGCAUGGCAACUGCAGUUCUCAUCAAUGGCUUCCACAGUCAGGGGGAUAAGAUGGCCAAGAAGCAAGUUCGGGGGUUCAUGAAAUAUUUUUCAGUCAGUUUCUUGUGGGGUUUCUUCAAGUGGUUUUUCAGUGGGAGAGAAGAAUGUGGUGGAUUCGCAAAGUUCCCCACGUUUGGAUUGCGAGCCUGGAAGCAAACAUUCUACUUCGACUUUGGCUUGACAUUUGUUGGGGCUGGGAUGAUUUGCUCCCACCUUGUGAACUUAUCUUUGCUUCUUGGAGCUGUGCUCUCGUAUGGAAUGAUGUGGCCGCUGAUAGAACGGCUUAAAGGAGAUUGGUUUCUUGAGAGCUUGCAAGAGAGUGACAUGAAGAGCCUAUAUGGUUACAAGGUUUUCAUCUCCGUUGCUUUGAUCCUAGGUGAUGGGAUUUACAAUUUCAUCAAGAUAUUGGCAUGCACUGUCAUUAACAUCCAUGGCAGACUGAAGAACAAGGGCCACGACAAGGCUGAGGAUGGCCAAGAGAAACCCAUGGAAGCUUUGAAACAGAAUGAAAUUUUCCUGAGAGAAAACAUUCCCAUGUGGUUUGCAGCCGUUGGAUACGUCCUCUUCGCCAUCUUGUCCAUAAUCGUGAUCCCAUUAAUGUUCCCUCAACUGAAAUGGUACUAUGUCGUGGUAGCCUAUUUUCUUGCUCCAUCUCUAGCAUUCUGCAAUGCUUAUGGAGCAGGUCUCACGGAUAUAAACAUGGCCUAUAAUUAUGGCAAAGUAGCCCUCUUCGUCCUGGCUGCGUUGAGCGGAAAAGAAGACGGUCUGGUGGCAGGUCUAGUUGGUUGUGGUCUCAUCAAAUCUGUUGUUUCUGUGGCUUGCAUUCUGAUGCAGGAUUUCAAAACAGCCCAUCUGACUUUCACUUCCCCUAGAGCAAUGUUCUUGAACCAAGCCAUUGGCACGGCGCUAGGCUGCCUAACAGCUCCUCUGAGCUUCUUCCUUUUCUACAAGGCAUUUGAUGUGGGAAACCCUAAUGGAGAGUUCAAAGCUCCUUAUGCAUUGAUCUACAGAAACAUGGCAAUUCUAGGUGUUGAAGGCUUCUCUGCUCUCCCUCAACACUGCCUGCAACUUUGUUAUGGCUUCUUCGCCUUUGCGGUGGGAGCCAACGUGGUGAGAGAUCUGUCGCCGCAGAAGGUCGGAAAAUUUAUUCCCCUUCCUAUGGUCAUGGCUAUACCUUUUUUAGUUGGGGCAUACUUUGCAAUUGAUAUGUGCCUUGGGACUUUGAUUGUGUUUGUGUGGCACAAGAUCAACUCCAAGAAGGCUGAGUUGAUGAUUCCUGCAGUUGCUUCUGGAUUAAUUUGUGGGGAGGGGCUUUGGACACUUCCUGCUGCGGUUCUAGCUUUGGCCAAAAUAAAUCCUCCCAUCUGCAUGAAAUUUGUGCCUUCCUAGAAAAAGCUCUAAAAGGAUUUGUAGGGAGAAAGGUAAUAAUAUACGGCUAGGGUUAUCCCUGAUUUAGAUUACUAGUGCCAGGUGCAAAUAACAUCAUAUACCUGUGAUAUGUGCAGUCUCGAACAGUUCUCAAACAACAAUAAAAAUGCAUCUUAUGGCGUUCCGUUGUC